UGGUUCUGUGACAUCACAGAAGCAGUUUGCUAUAUAAGGCCAUGGCUCAGGUGGGUCUGCUGUGGGUGGAAGGAGACUCUGAGAGAGAGUGGAGAUUGACGCUGACGUCAAUUUGGUGCUAUGGGGAGCAGAAGACAUCGUGACACUGUGCCAGGCGGAGGUCCUGGAGACUGUAGCGAGGGAACAUCUUGGCUGGGCCUCACAACCAGCAGGUCUAGUUAUCAACUCGAAGACAACUAUGAGGUGCUGGACUUCAUUGGCCAAGGCAGCUAUGGCAAGGUGUUUGUAGGGCGACACUAUGGCACAUACAAGCAGGUCGCCAUAAAGGAAUUAAACAAGGCAAAGGGGCAAGCGGCCUACAUUGCAACGGAGAUUGCCAUACUGAAGGACCUUCAACACCCUAACAUCACACAGCUGCUGGAGGUAACAGAAUCCAAGGAAAAAGUACAUCUUGUACUAGAAUUCGUGGAGGGGCAUGACCUGGGGCAACUGCUCUUCUGCGGCAAAAGGAUGAGGCUGUACGAGGAGGAUGCCCUGAGUAUAUUCCAAGACAUCUUGGAAGGAGUAAAUUACUGCCACAGGCAGGGUAUCGUACAUGGGGACCUCAAGCCCGAAAAUGUUUUGAUCAACAACUAUGGCCGAGCUAAAGUAUGUGACUUCGGGUUCGCAUUCCGGUUCGUCCCCGGGCAGGAGCUGAGCGCGCCUGGUGGGACGCCAGCCUAUUCUGCCCCGGAACAAAUCCUGUAUCCCACCUAUGAAGGCCCUCCUGUGGAUGUCUGGGCCCUCGGGGUAAUAUUAUAUGAGAUAAUCACAGGGAGGCGUCUCUUCUCUGGAAAGCCUCCAGAGAUAAAUGAGGACAUAAUCUAUGGGAUUGUGCGUUACCCAGACUUCGUAUCUACGAAUGUGAAAUACUUGAUAGGAAAAAUCAUGAACAGGAGCGCCAAAAGGCGACCAACAGCGCAGGAGCUGCUGCAUGAGCUGUGGCGCCAGGGUGUCCAGCCCCAAAGUCCUUCUGGGCCGCUCCCUUUGUCUGCCAAGAGGGCCAUUCUAACCCACAUGGCAGAGAUGGGUUUCGAUCAACUUGAAGUGAUGGACACCCUCAGAAAAAAAGAAUAUAACCACCUUAUGGCAACAUUCUUACUGCUACAAAGCUGGGCCCUCGAGGGACGGGACUUCAGAAAAGUGGGGAGGACUGCACAAGAGGGUACAGACCAAACAUCAUGGUGCCCUACAGGUCCCGAACUGUCACCUUACGAUCUGUAUAUGGCCAGCGAGCCUGUCCCCUGCACUGAUGGCUUAUUCUGCGGACUGAAGACCCACGGAGAACAGGGUGGCAGAAGCUCCCUGCCGCCCAUGGCCACCCAGAGGACCACAACUCCCAAUGUGUACCCAAAGCGUUCCCCUACCUGCUCGUCCUCCCAGUCUGGCCCUUCCGAUCCCAGCCUGUCCUCCCAGUCUCCUGGCCCUGCCGCGCCCAACCUGGCCUCUGAGACUGUCCCUGACACAACCAGCAUGUACUGCCAGCCUGGCCCAGCCGCUACCAGCCAGGCCUACCACCAUGGCCCUGAUGCUCCCAGCCUGACCUCCCAGACUGGCCCUGCUGCGCGCAGCCUGGCCUCCGACACUGUCCCUGCCGCAAACAGCGUUUACUACCAGCCUGGCCCAGCUGCUCCCAGGCUGGCCUCCCGGCCUGGCCCUGUCACACCCAGCCUAGCCCCUGAGACGGGGCCUGCUGUGCCCAGCGUGUACUGCCAGCUUGGCCCAGUCGAUACCAGCCUGGCCUACCACCAUUUCACCCGCUUGGCGGAAGAGGACGUUCUCAUUUAUAAUGUUUUCAUCCUCAAAAUCUAUGAUGUGGAUCCGAUUAUCACAUGUAAGAGACUGUGUCCCAACCAAAAACCGGAUGGCCUAUGUUUCUGCAGUCUGAGGUGUGAGAGCCCGUGCCUGGAGCUCCAGGCUGUAGAUCACCGGCGCAUCGUCCUCCAUGCUGCCCGGGUGAAUCACCUGCGGCUCGGGCACUCAAAUCCUCCCUAG